AUGAAAGGUUCAGAGCUGGUAGAAUAUCUUGAAGAUCCUGAAAUCUUGUUGCCAUCUAUUCAAGUGGAAAAACUAAUCCAAAAUACGAAAACUUUGGCAUUUGAAAGUGGUCAAGGUGGAAAAAUAGUAAAUGAGUAA